AUCUAAACAAAAACAAAUAUUCUAAAACUUAAAAUAUUUAUUGAAUGGAUGUAAAAUAUUUAAACAACGAUUGAUGAAAAUAUAUUUUUUUAAUACAAUCCUCUAGAUAAAAUGAGUUGCAUACAUUGCGGAAAUAAUUCUAAAUACAAAUGCCCGACGUGUCUACAACCUUAUUGUUCGGUUGCUUGCUAUAAAUGUCACAAAGAAAAUCCUUGCUCUGCCCCCACUCCAACAGAGCCACCAGUAAAUUAUACUGAAGAAAAUAAGAUUGAAUAUGAAUACCCAACAGAAGAUACCGUGCCAAUAGAAAAAUUAAAGUUACUAGAACAGUCAUCAGAACUUAAGAAAUGUAUAGAAAAUCCUCACUUGAGAGAAAUGUUGGAAAUAUUAGACAAAUCCUCUCAUCCUGAUGCAUUGAUUAGAGAAUAUAUGAUAGAGCCUAUAUUCACUGAAUUUGCUGAUGCAUGCUUAAAUGUUGUGCAGCCAAAAAAUGAUGAUUGCUAAAUCUUAGACAGUAAACAGGUUACAUUAAACAACACAUGUUAUAAAACUAGUUUGCACAAAGAGGAAUUUAAGUCACACAUCAAAAGAUUUAAUAAGGACCCAACAUACUAGGACACUGACUGAAGACUCGCCACCAUGGAACCAAACAUUUAACACUAGUGUUGGGGAAUUGGAAACAUGGCUUUCGAAACUUUUAAAGCUUGAUGCUAAGUGCAUGCUUUUGAAACUUUUGAAGCUCGACCCUAAGUGCAACAAGCUGAAAACCAGACCAUUUGAGGCCAUUAACCACAAGACAUUUAGAGGGGUGCUGAUAUGCACAUAAGAGCCCAUAUUCCAGUCUGAUACAGGCAUUGAAGUCUCUAUAUAGGGACUCUAGUGCUUGUGUCAGGAUCAACGGGGCCUACUCGGACUGGUUUGACAUCCAUAAAGGUGUCAGACAGGGCUGUGUGGCUUCCCCGUGGUUGUUCAACCUGUUUAUGGACAGUUGUUUGGAAAAUUUGAAAGUAGAAGAAUGCGGGUUAAGAAUGGGUGAGUUAACCGUCAAAUGCCUUUUGUACGCCGAUGAUCAAGUCAUACUUGCGUCGUCGGCAGCCGAGUUGCAAAUGAUGGUUACAUUAAUGAACAGGACAUUAAAAGAAAAGGGAAUGAAAGUGAACGCAAGUAAGACGAAAGUUAUGGUUUUUGAAAGAGAAGAAAGUAAAACGAUAUGUGAAAUAAGAAUAGAAGGGGAGUUGGUAGAGCAAGUAGAUGAGUUUGUAUAUUUGGGAUGUGUGUUUAGCAGGGAUGGUAGAUAUGAUAAGGAUAUAGAACGACGAGUGAAUGCAGGAAAUAGAGUGAAUGGGGCUCUACACUCUAUUGUGAAAAGUCAGAAUGUGUCCAAAAAGGCACGUAUGGCAAUUCACAAUGCUGUGUUAGUACCUACUUUAAUGUAUGGUAGUGAAAGUUGGGUGUGGCAGAAGAAGCAUGAGAGUAGAAUAAAUGCUGUAGAAAUGCGGUCAUUAAGGAGUAUGUUAGGGAUGAAGCUGAAUGACAGAGUGAGAAAUUGUUUAAUAAGAGAAGAGUGUGGUUUGCAAGAUGAUGUUGUGACCAGGAUUAAGAAAGGAAUGCUUCGGUGGUUUGGCCAUGUAGAAAGAAUGAAUGAGGAAAGAGUGACAAAGCAAAUUUAUGUUGCAGAGGUGAACGGCAUAGUCGGGAAGGGUCGCCCUAGGCGAAAGUUUAUCGACCAAAUUGGCGAUAUAUUAAAAAUGGGCCAAAUCAAGAGUACCUUUAACCGACGAGCGUGUAUGCGUAGGUAUAUGGAUGUGGAGGAAGCGAGAGAGGUGUGUCAGGAUCGUGCCAAAUGGAAGUCCAUAAUCUCUGCCUACCCCUCUGGGUGACAGGCGUGAGUGUUUAUGUAUUAUUAUGUAUGUAUUCCAGUCUUUCAAUCAUUUGACUCAGUAGCUAAGAUUGAAAUCAACUUUGUGCAUUAUUAUUAGCUUUUUUUCUAAUGUACUUUCUCUACUUUUAAUACAUCUUAUUUGAAUGUUGAAUUUUAUAAAAAAAUUGUUGAAAACAGCUCUACUUGAUUUCAUGAUCACACAAGUUUGGUACACUGGUUUUUUAUAGAAUAAGAGUGAAAAUGAGCGCACAGUCCGCCUCAUGGUAAGUGGAUGCUGUGAUCCAUUCUAUAGAUAUGUACAUCUAUCUUCAAUUAUAAAUCAAAAUGCAGAUGUGGUGUCACCCCUGAGGACUAAAAUGGAAUGCCUCCUUUCCAGUAAAAAUGGAUUACGGUUCUGUACACUCUCCAUUCAAAACACAGCAGCGAUAAGCUGCUAUUUUACACUGGUAUUCUGUGAGGGUCUGGUCCUUCCCUAGUCAAGCCGACCCAUUUUUUGCUACAACCAUAAUAUAGCUGCAGCAUGACUCUACCACAUCAUAAAUCAAUGUUGCAUCAAUGAUAUACUUACUUAAAUAAACUCAUACACCAACAACUCAAGUCUUGAUGGCACAAGCUUUUUUUCGAUAUAAAAACUGCAAGGUCCUUAAUGAUACUAGCUAUAACAUUUGUUUUCGAAUGUUUCUAUCCACAUUUGUAGAAAAACUUCAACAUAUAUCCAUAUAUUGUUAUUUACAGAUUAGAAGAUAUUAUCAAUGUAGCGUUUCAUUUCAUUUUGAUGAAAAAAAUAAACUGUAUUCCUG